CUUGUUUUGGCAGUUUGUUUCGAUAUUCACGGAUUGUCAGUCCACCAACAAGGCGUUUUGUACUAGCUAUCGACACGAAGCUGCGAUGGUGAUAAAUGAGCAGUGACUGUGAGUGGGCUGAUUCAGGGAGCUGGUAGUUGUAGGUUCAACAUGGCAGAUGGAGGCAGCGAUGACGAGGUCAUUCAUCUGGCGAGCUUCAAUGUCCACCGCAGUCAAGGCUCUUGUGACAAGAAGAGGUUGCUCAUCACCAUUUCUGAUGAUUCUGAUGAGGAGCCUGUGACUCUGGUACCCAGCAGCCCUGUUUUAGUCCCGGACGAUGCCGAUGACGACGAUGUCAGCAUCCUGGAGCUUCUAACUCCGGCACGCAGACAUGUGAUUCGUCCUGCAGCGAAAUGGGGCGAGGGUGCACACAAAACACUUCAUGAUACCGGUCAUAGUAGCGCAGCAUCUGGGGCUCCCACAGGAGACCCUGGUUCUGCCCCCUCUACCUCCAGGGAUGCCAAGGCAGCCUCCACCAUCCCAGUAAGGCCAACCAUACGAUCGCCAGUGCAGCCGAGCACUUCUGCACACUUACAGCCGCAGCCGAGCUCUCCAUCACACACACUAUCUCAGCCAAAAGUUAAUACAAACUAUUCGCAGGACGGUACAUCAACACAUGCAAAAUCAGAGCUCCAUGCAGUUUUUUCUUCUGUUCAAACCCCGUCUACCUCGACACAUGCCAAGGCCAGCCCCAGUUCAUCCAGAGCACCCACACAAGAACUUCCCUGCACAUCCAGACUCGUACAGCCACAUGCUGGCCCUUCAACACACUUAAAGGUGGAGCCCCAGGCAGGAACCUCUGCCUGUGCCUCACACUCUUCUGAUGUGUUGAGUUUUCCUGCACAGACUCAAGAAAAGGCUGGUACAAGUGCUCAUUUUCAAGACAAUCCUCAGGCUAGCACUUCUUCUGCACAGUCCUACACACAGACGCAGCCCCAGCCCGGUACAUCAACGCAGAUCACAACUGCAGCCCCUCAUCAGCACCAAGCCAUCAAGGUGAAGGGGGUGAAACUCGUCAUUCUUCCCCAGCAGCCCAGCAUCCAAGCCUCUGCUCUGAUAACCCAGCCCCAGCUGCAGAUCAAACACCCUGUGCCCUUCAAUCGUGUGGGGAACCUCAUCCAGAUCGAACCUCAGCCCCUCGCUCAGUCUCCAACCCAGACCCCAGUCCAGGCCGUUCAGCCCCUUCAGGUGAUCCCGGUUAUCCCCCCUGCCGUGCUUGUAGCCACAGCACCAGAGAGACUAGGACCUCCAGAGGCAGGGCACCGCAUCAUCCUGGGGAGCCAGGCGCCUGGUGAGGCUGUUCCAAACCCUCUGCCAAAUUCUGCUGGCUCAAGCGUGGCUCCACCAGCACCUGGCAUUAAUAUCAGAGUGGAGUCGAACCCUCCUGUCCCUCCAGCUCCUGCAGCUUCAGUCCCCGACAACGGGGGAGAGGCUCGUCUCGUUCUGGUUCCAGCUCCAGACCAAGAACAGGUCAAUCCAGCUCCUGGACAGGUCGCUGUGCCUCCUGUACCUGAGGAGAUUCCCCGAAUAGAGGAUGCAAGGCCUGGCCCCUCUGCGCCACGAGAGAGAGCGGAGCAGCAGCCCCACGUCAGAGCCCUCAUCACUGGUGUUUUGGAUCUCCUACCAGAUGUCCAAGAAGCCUAUGUAGCAGAACUGAUCCAAAAGAAUAAUGUGAAAGACUUGAAUGUUAUCUGUAACCUGCUGUUGGAGAACCCAGACUAUCCUAGAAGGGAGACUGCAGCAGCCACAGCAGCUCCCACCAGCAUCCUACUGGAGUCUGGAGACACCCAGACAGAGGUGACGGAGGACCUCUUUGACUAUGCCAACCUGGGCACAGUGGGACCUGUGGCUGUGAUGCAGGCUGCCGACUUGCUUAUGGCAGAUUUCCGGAUGCUCAGCUGUCAGGACAUCAAAUGGGCCCUCAACUCUCUCAAGGGACACUAUGCAAUCACACGCAAGGCCUUAUGUGAAGCUCUGAAGAAGUGGCAGGAAUCAGGUGACCCCUCAGGGAAGAGACGACGGAGCAGAGCCUCCUCUGAGCGCUGCUACAUCGAUUUCCAUUUCGAGCAUGGCUCAGUGAAAUUCGACAAGAGGAUGUAUUUCUUGGAAAACGACCGUCGCUACUGCAGGACAUACACUAAUCUGGACGCUUCUGUGCACAAGGAGCUCUCGUUCUAUCAGCAGAAAGCCAAGGAAUGGGCGGAGCAUGAGGACUUCCUGCUGGCUCUGCAAGUCAACGAAGAUGAAUACAAACAGGAUGGUCAGCUGAUUGAGUGCGGCUGCUGCUUCGGAGAGUUUGCAUUUGAGAAGAUGACUCAGUGUUCAGACGGACAUCUGUUCUGCAAAGAGUGCCUGAUCAAAUACGCUCAAGAGGCGGUGUUUGGCUCCGGAAAGUCGGAGCUGAGCUGCAUGGAGGGGGGCUGCCCAUGCUCCUACCCGGUGUGCGAGCUUGAGAAAGUUCUCCCAGAGAACAUACUGUGUAAAUAUUACGAGAGGCAGGCGGAGGAGGCAGUCGCAGCCACCUGUGCCGAUGAACUUGUGCGGUGUCCUUUUUGUAACUUUCCUGCCUUGUUGGACAAAGACAUGUCUCUGUUCAGUUGCCCCAACCCUCGGUGCCGCAAGGAGAGCUGCAGAAAGUGUCAUGUCCAGUGGAAGCAGCAUGUGGGGAAGACGUGUGAGCAGGUCCUGGAGAGGGACGAGAUCCGCAUGAGGGUGCUCUUCGAGGAGCGAAUGACAGCGGCCCGAGUCAGGAAGUGUGUGAAGUGCGGGACGGGUCUGGUAAAGUCCGAGGGUUGUAAUCGGAUGUCAUGUCGCUGUGGCAGCUUCAUGUGUUACCUGUGCAGAGAGCCGAUCACUGGCUACAACCACUUCUGCCAGCACGCGCGGUCUCCUGGCGCUCCCUGCCGCCACUGCCGAAAGUGCUCACUGUGGACUGACCCCACGCAAGAUGAUGAGCGAAUCAUUCAGGAGAUCCAGAAGGAGGGUGAGGCCGAGCUGAAUAAGAAGAGUGCAGAUAAUUCAGGGAAGAGGGUCGGCCCUCCACCCGAGCCAAUCACUGAAGCCAAGCGUCCACGCGUGGGUCCUCCCCCUGAAAACCCACCGAACCCCCCUGCCCCUCCCCACCCCCCCCACCCUCAGGCGGUACAAGCUCCCCUGUUUGUGCCUCCACGGCCCCGCUACCCACCUGGUCCGCCACAGGGCCGGAUGUACCACCAGGUUAUCAUGCCCCGGCUGCCCCCGGGCCCUUACGUGCCCCCGCUGCAGCCGCUGCCCCUCAUGAACAAUAACAACAACAACAACCACCAUCACCACCACCACCACCACCACAACAACGGUCCUGUAAACCCCCAUCACCACAACAUGGACAUGAUGGACCUGCCCAUGCACUACGGACCGCCGCAGCGCUACUACAGACGCUUCUAACACAGAUUCUGUGGCGAGCGUGGGCAUCCCGGUCCAGUCAGCUCGUCCAUGAACACACAAAGAUGUACUUUUCAUUUCAGGCCUGUUUUUGAGACCUGAUAUCUUUUCCCCUUUCUGUUUAUCACCCUUUUCAGAGCUCAUGUGCCGUUUUGGGAUUCCUUCAUCACUUAGUCGCUAAAACGCACUGAAAUGAAAAGUACGUCCACAGUUCAGACUUUGCCUUCUCCCGCUGAAUUCGGGACUUCAGUAGUGAAGUGGAUCCGUUUUAUUUUCAUCAUGUUCGGUUUGAGGUCUGGGUUGAGCUGGCGGACGGUUUAGAAACUUAAGACAAUUUAUUUCUGCUUUAUACAAAUAUUUUUGAGUACAUAUUUGAAAAAAAAAGUUAGCAUUCCCUUCUGUAUCUUUUUUGUGUGAAGUCACACAUUUUCUAAUAAAGCAUUGAGUCACA